AUGGCCGAAAUGGCGCCGUUGGCAUCCGUGUUCGCUCCGUCAGGUGUGAGGCGGCCUGUCGCGCAAACUGUCGCGGGACAGGUCGUCGCCUGUCGCGUGCAUGUAGAGGGCAGGCCUCAGACCCGUCGACGGCCCUUGUGGCGUUUGGCACAGCUCUUGGGCUUGCGCGAAGUGGUGGUGCAGCUUGGAAGGCACCUCCGCCCACAGCGGAAGCGCUUGGUUCGCUGGCGCAAGCGGAGUGCGUGGCGUGUGCGGAACACGUGGCUGUCUGCGUGGCAGACGUAUGGCCCCGGCCGCUGCUCGCGGCGCCUGCAACAGCUGCUCUUCUGCCCGCAGGAGAGCCGUAGCGAUGCCACGCUGCUGUUCUUGCUGGUGGCCAAAGGAUGCCCCAACGAUCAGACCGAGAUGGGCGGUUGGAGCUCCAAGCUCUCCUUUCAGAAUCGGCGAGACUCGCUGGCCCGGUGCAUCACAGGUGCUCUUUGGCGAGACGAGCGCUGCACCCCCUAUUCAGACAGGGCUUGCGCGGUGAUGUUCAGUGGUGACUGUAGCUGUUGGCUGCUCCAUGCUGAUGAGCUGGUGGCCUCCGUCGGAGCUGAGCCGGAUGAGACGUGGCUCUUGACCCAGGUUUGGAGAGCUGUGAAAGCCAAGUCAGUGGUCCAGCUCGGAGUGGAGGAGGUGGUGAAGCCUCGGAGCGAUGGGCAUUUGGAAGCUGCCACCUUCAGGUUCCUUCGCUCGUUAGGGCCCGGAGACGGCAGCGCGAUGGUGUUGCUGGACGAUCGGCACAGCCGAAACCUGCCGCUGAUGCCGGAUCGGGCCUCUGCGGAGGGCGGGGGCUUGAGGCGCGCCGUAUGUGUUCUGGGCUGCCCCGCGGGGCUCACGGCGAAGGAGGAAACCGCGCUGGCGCGGGCGGCCACCUGUGCCGGUUGGCAGGUCCGCUCCUGUGGCCUGGGCCAUGAGCCGGAGUUCACCUCCAAGGUGCUGGCGCGGCUCCAGGUGUGGCACAGCAGUGGGCGCCUUUUGCCAGGAUUGGCCACGGACUCAAGUCCUACUGCUUUGACUUGGCCAACACAGGACAGCACACAGAGCCUUCUUGGUGAGGUGCCAUUGCACUUCGUUCUGCAGGUGCCUGUGGAUGCCGGCCUGCUGCUGCGCCUGCGGCGGCAAAGGUCCUUUCAGGCACGGAAGAAACUGGCCUUGGCCGCGCGCUGCCUGGUGGCUGUUUUGUGUCACUCGAAGGGUGGAUGGAAGGGCUGCCGCAUCUCCUUGCGCUUCCGCUGCGGCACUGGCCUGCAGCUGUCCUCCAAAGUGGUGGACACCUUAGGCCGACAGAAGCUCGCCCUCAGCGAGUUCCACGUGCUGAAGCUGCUGAGCAAAGCCCUCAAGCAGCGACAGCACCGACCACUCGAGCCUGGCGAUCGAAGCGCUUUUGGUGUCCAAGUGCUUCCUGCAGGAGAUGUGUUACCCUAUGUUCAUCCUUUGCACCUGCAGCUGAUUAAGGAGACCGCCCCUGGCGCGAGGAGAUGGCCUUUGGGAGAGCUCUUGAGGUCGCGAGAGGCGCACGAGGCGCCAGAUGCUCUGGUGCUGCACCUCCACGCGCCCGGCGCCAGCGUGGCGACCGAAGGGAUUGCUGUGCUGCCGAAAGUGGAGAUGAAGACCACUGAGGUGAUCAGCGUCGUUCAAAGCGGUGUGAUGGCGAAGCCCUCCUCUGCUGGCGUGGUGCUUUUAGAUGCGCUCUUCGAUGGAGUAGACCAAUAG